AUGGAGUCGAAAAAUCUCUGCGGAUACGAGAAUUUGGACAUCGAUGGUAAUAAUACCGUACAUAAUUUAUGAAAUCAACCUUGUUACGUAUGAUUUUCUAGUCGGCGUAGCCUGCUGGGCACUGGGUGUUUUAUUGGUUUUAUUUUACAUAUUUUAUAAUGGAACAAUGGCAUGUUUAUUGGCGAAGCUGCCGUCUGAGCUUGACUUUUGUUCCCAAUGAUUAGAGGAAAUAUCGUUCGUCUUGAUGUUGUUUCUCAUGUUGUUGAGAAUUCAGCAUUGAUGCAUUUGCGAGUCAUCAUAGCUCAUUGGACCUUUCUAAGAUGUUCAGUUUUUUUCUUUAAUUUCCCACGUUUCUGAAUGCGCCUCCACCAGUUAGUCAUGUCUGUAUCCUCAUUUUGAAGCACUGCCGGAAUGCUUAUUUCAUAUAGUCUUUUGUGGCCUAGCUAGAUAACUCGUCUGAUAUCUCUCCGAUUUCUUCCUUAAGGAAAUUUUGAAGCACUAAUCAGAUGAAUUAUUUAUAACUGUGCAAAUUGAGAAUUUUAUUGAAAAACAAGCGGUCCCUGUCUGUCAUUUGUUAUCAUAGAAGGUAUCUUCGGAACCAAUUAAUGCUUUAGCGCGCUAUUUCUGAUGUGUGUAUGCUUCUUGACCACUGAGUUAUAAAGAUGGAGAAAUCUUCCGGAGCAUAGACGGUCUAAAAGAUUGGAUAGAUCAAAUUAUGCAAGCAUCUGUCAGUAGACGACUUUCUGGCGUAGUGAAAAGCGUAGCACUUAUAGUUCGAUUGAUAUAUUUUAGAUUCCUUAUUAUUUGAAUAAUGUGAAAAGCGUGUGGAUCGUUUAUGUGAUUAAUAACUGUGGCGAUUGAAAAUGCAGUCUGAGAAGACUGACGUCUCGGUUUGGUUUUAGUACGAUGUAAAUUAUCUGGAUAAACUCAUAAGGGUCGGUAUAUCUUUUUGUCUCAUGUCUGUAAUUAUAAAGAUUAAGAGGAUCCUCCUGGAGAGUACAUAUUAAUAGGGACCAAAUGAGAAAAUUAUGGAGUAGGUGAUGAUACAAGUGCUGAAAUAUCCUAAAUUUUAUGCUUAUUGUGUAGAUAUUGACAAUGUUUGAAGAAAUCAGAAGUUGCAUAAAAAUUAUGUUUUUAUUGGGAUUUUUUUUUCUUCUUUCAGUUUCGCUGAUCGUAGAGUGAAAUGUUGCUAUUUUCGUUGUCUAGGAACUUUUAUUUCCGACAUAGAGAGGCAGAAAACUCUCCCUUCCGUCAUCGUGAUUGGGGGAGGGAUUUCAGGAAUAGCAGCUGCUCGUGCUCUACAAAAUUCUGCUUUUAAGGUGAAUGAUCAAUCUUAAGUUGGUGCAAAAUUAGUAACCUUCAUUCGGAAAUAAGAUGUGUUGUAUUAUUCCAGUAUCUUUGACCUCAAUCAUUUUCUUCGAAGUGGUAAAUAUUUAUUUUAUUAUUCUUUCAUUUCAGGUCAUACUGUUGGAAUCACGGAAUCGGCUUGGCGGUCGCGUCCAUACUGAUUAUAGUUUUGGGUGUCCUGUUGACAUGGGAGCAUCAUGGAAAGUUCAUUUUCUUUCCACUUUGCAGUUUAUGUUGACAUCAUCACUUCCCUUUUUCGUCUUUCUGCGGGCCUAACAGCUUUUAUCUCUUCUCACUUCACUGCAGGCUUCAUGGUGUUUGCAAUGAAAACUCCUUGGCUCCACUGAUUCGCUAUCUGGGCCUCAGAUUAUACCGCACCAGUGGUGACAACUCUAUAUUGUACGAUCAUGAUUUGGACUGGUAUUUUCUGUCCUAACCCAGAUUUAUGUCUUAUGCCCAGUUUUAGCUCUGCUUUUGUGUCAGAUUUUCCAUUAACAGUUUGGUUACUCAUCCAUUUCUGAAUAAUUCAUAAUUUUAGACCAUUAUACGUGCAAGCCCUGAAGUCCAAGCAAGAGAAUGACUGGUGUUCUGUUUUAUGGUGGAGAAACUUUUACUGCCGUCACCAGUUCACCCCUUCCUGGAACUCUUUAACCUUCAAUAAACGCCUACAUCAGAAUUCGGCGUCUCCUGGUUAUGUUAACACAGCACACGUUUUUCUCAUCUGAAAGAACCCUGUGGGUAUCAAUCACAAACUCCACAUUCAUUGAUGAGCCUAUAUUCAUUGAUCAUCUUCACGGGACAUAGAAUUGGCAAGAUGACAGUUGUAGACUUACACAAGCCACUUUGCAACCGAUAAAUUUAAUUUUACGACAAAUAGAGUUCAUAAUUCAAUACCAUGUUCUUAUUGCCUUUUUUGUUAGUCUCCCCCCGUGUUCAUUUGGUCUUUCAAUUUUUUCCUAAUGAAAAUUGUCCCAUUGAACAUUUUUCUGCAGUUGUGCACUCUUUGAUGUGGACGGACUACAAGUUCCUCAACAGUUAGUGGUUGAAGUCGGUGAAACGUUCAAAAGGAUUCUGAAAGAAGUACGUAAAAGUUUCCUCAAACAGCGGAGUUAUUCCAAUUUAUUUUAGUGCUAUUUUGUUGAUUUUCUUUUAAUGGAUCAGACAGAGAACGUUAGAAAUGAACGUAAUGAAGAUAUGUCUAUUCACCAAGCCAUGUCAAUUGUCUUGGAGAGGCAUCCAAACUUAAGGUGCAGGAUUAUAUGAAUACACUUCUCUUGGUAUUAUUUUGAGAUAUGAAUGGAGAUUAUACGUUAUAUAGCUGACAUCGUUUAUGGUUACAGACAAGAAGGAUUGGCAUAUGAAGUAUUGCAGUGGUACAUAUGCAGAAUGGAGGCAUGGUUUGCAGCAGAUGCGGACGCAAUUUCUCUGAAAAACUGGGACCAGGCAAGGAAUCACACAAACGAAGUUCCUUUAUCAAUGCGUCUAUCCUUAAGAAUCAUGCGUAGUAUAUCUAUCGUACAUGUUUCGUUGUAGCCAAGAAUUGAUGAAGAGGCUUUCUCCGGGAACUACACAUUCAGGGGCAAAAAUUGAAACGUGGAAGCUUCUUUUAUCGUUUGGUGUCAUUGCCUGACGCCCGAUCUUUUGCAACUCAGGAACUUGUCCUCUCUGGUGGCCACGGACUCAUGGUCCAAGGAUACCACCCGCUGAUUCAAGCGCUCUCAAAGGACCUUGACAUACGCUUGAACUGCAGGUAUGCUCAACCCCCCAUCUUCAUUUCGAAGAUCUCACCAUCUAAGAGUUGUCUAGAGUGUUCCAUGCUCUUUCUCUCAUUCCGUAGUUAAGAGACCAUCCAUUUCUGCCUCGUCCAUAGUUGAUUUUGAACGCACUUGACCUCUUUUUUCACGCGCCGCUGAGUAAAACAGGCAUCGUCCUAUGUGGGUUUUGUGAGGAAGGCUAGAACUACGCCUAUUAGUUGUUAAAAUGUUCCCUGGAAAUCAUACAAUUGAAGGAUUUUGAAUGUUUCUUCCAAUGAGAUUCAUUUCCAUGCGUCACAGUGACAUGCUCAAGACGGUAAGGGUUUUAAAGAAGAGAAAUUUUUGCUACUGUUGACUGUUUAAGGGGGCAUUCGAUCAUGUUGGCGCAAUCGGAAUUUUAUUUAUUUAUUUUUAUGCGUGGGGAGGGAGCCAUUAUCGUUCAAAUUCUUUCAACCAUUUCCGCGAUUUCAAUGAGAGGCGUCUCGAUCUGCAGGGUCAGACGCAUUGUCCGGCGCUGUAACCAGGUCCUGCUCACUGUUGAAGGCGGGGAGAUCUUCGUCGCCGAUGCCGUCAUUAUCACCGUUCCGCUGGGGGUCCUGAAAGCCAACUCGAUCAGGUUCGAACCGGAGCUGCCGGAGUGGAAGCGCUCGGCCAUCUCGGACAUCGGAGUCGGGAACGAGAACAAGAUCGCUCUCCGCUUCAGCACUGUCUUCUGGCCCAACGUCGAGUUCCUCGGCGUCGUCGCCCCAACUUCCCACGCCUGCGGCUACUUCCUCAACCUCCACAAGGCCAGCGGGCACCCAGUCCUCGUCUUCAUGGCCGCCGGAACCCUCGCCGGCGACAUGGAGAAGCUCUCCGACGACGAAGCGGCCCACUUCGCGAUGCUCCACCUGAAGAAGAUGUUCGCCGACGCCGCCGAUCCGGUAAGCCGACGUGCACUCUCCACCAGUCAGCGAUGGCCCAAUCCCAAAGCCGACUAACCUUUUCUCCUGCCCGUGCAGGUCCAGUACUUGGUCUCGCGCUGGGGCAGCGACCCCGAUUCGCUCGGUUGCUACUCCUGUGACUUGGUGGGGAAGCCAGAGGGCCUGUACGAGAGGUACAGGGCGCCAGUGGAGAACCUCUUCUUCGCCGGCGAGGCGGCGAGCGUGGACCACUCGGGCUCCGUCCACGGCGCUUACUCCGCCGGUGUCUUCGCCGCCGAGGCGUGCGGAAGGUAUCUCUCGACGCUGCAUGGCAGCGCAGAUCUCCUCCAGAUCGCCUGCAGGGAGGAGGCCGCCGAAGCCAUGGUUCCACUUCAGAUCUCCAGGAUGUAA